CUCUUCGCUCGUCGUUUCCAUUUCCUCUCUUCUUCUACUAUUUUCCUUUUCCCCUUCGCAUGUUCUCGGAGCUCCGGCUCCCUUAACGGAGCCCCAGCUCGGAUCUAAUCGCACUACCCGAAUCCCUUCUUCUCCAAUCUCUCUCGAUUCUAAUAAAAUCAUCUCUCUCUUUCUCUUACCCUAAUCUUUCUUCCAUUGUUCAGAUCUCGAAUCACUCCCCAAUGUCGAAACCGUGGGGCAACAUCGGAACCUGGGCCGCCGAGGCCGAGCGCGAGGAAGAGGAAAUGGAAGCCGCCGCAGCAGCCUCAUCCGUCGCCGCCGCCGCCGCACCGGCCGACGCCCAGAGCUUCCCUAGUCUCCGCGAAUCCGUCACCGCGAAGCCCAAGAAGAAGAAGAUGACCCUGAACGAGUUCUACUCCGUCUCUAGCGCUACCUUGAACCGUCCCGUCCAGUCCAAAGGACUCACUCCCGACGAGAUGCUCCGUCUCCCCACCGGCCCACGCGAACGCGACCCGGAAGAAAUGCAGUACGGUACCCGCGGGUUCUCCAGUUACGGCCGCUCCGGCGGCCCUCCUCCCGGAAGGGGCCGGGAUGAUUUCAACGAUGGCGGGUCGUGGGGUGCUGGUGGCGCUGGGAGGCGGCAGUAUGGCGGUGAUUACGAUGACGAACGGCGCGGCCCGCCUUCUAGGGUUUCGGAUUUCGAUCAGCCUUCGCGAGCUGAUGAAGUGGACAAUUGGGCAAUGGGGAAGAAGGCUCUUCCGUCGAUGGAUUCUGGCCGUCAGAGUAGGUAUGGCUCGCUUGGGAGUGGCGAUGGGGGCAUGGGAGGUGCCUCUAGGGCUGAUGAAGUGGAUAACUGGGCUUCUGGUAAGAAGCCGGCGGCGGCUCCUUCUAGAUCCUCGAACUUUGGGUCCGGAUUCCGUACCUCCGUGUCGGAGCCUGACCGGUGGACUAGAGGGGAAGGAAUCCGUGAGCUGGAGGCGACGGAGAGACCGAAAUUGGUUUUGAAUCCUCCCAAAACCGAUGUGACGGCAGUGACUGAGCCACUUACCGAGGCAGUCAAGACGAACAAGCCAAACCCAUUUGGGGCAGCGAGGCCGAGAGAGCAAGUUUUGGCCGAGAAAGGGUUGGAUUGGAGGAAGCUCGAAACUGAUAUUGAAUCAAAGAAGACUUCUUCCCAAUCAAGCAGGCCAACAAGCGCUCAUUCUAGCAGGCCUUCGAGUGCACAUUCCAGUAGGUCUGAGGCUGCUCCAGCUGGGUUGCUGCAGCAGGGAUUGGAAAAUUUGGCGAGACCAGCUAGACCGAAGGUGAAUCCCUUUGGGGAUGCUAAGCCCAGAGAAGUGUUGUUACAAGAAAGAGGGCAGGACUGGCGAAAAAUUGAUCGUGAUUUGGAGCAUCGCAGUAUUGAAAGACCAGAGGCAGAAGAGGAAAAGUUGCUGAAAGAAGAAAUAAAUCAGCUAAAGCAGGAAUUCCAGAAGGAAGCUUCAUUGGAAGAGAACAAAAAGGAAUCUGUACAGGUCACCGAUGGGGAUGAUAAAUCCAGUUUACGAGAUGUAAUAAGCCAGAAGGAGAAGGAACUAGAGACAUUGACUCGUGAGUUGGAUGACAAGCUUCGAUUUGGUCAGAAACCACAUAACGAGAGGCCUGGUUCUGGGGCAGGUAGGACUGGCGGUUUCUAUGAGAACAGACCUCCUUCUCGAACUGGAUCAAUUGAUGAGGCCAGGAGUACUGAGUUUAUGGACAGACCUCGCUCACGUGGUGCACAAGAUACAUGGACCCGGCCCAUUGAUGAUAGAAGGUCGUAUCAAGGUGGCAGGGAAAGAGGAUUUCUGGGUAGCAGAGACUUUGACAGGCCAAGAUCAAGGGAUAGAUGCCAUUUCGCACAAAUGGCUCUCCUACUUUGGGCACUUGUGCUCUCUCCAUUGCUUCUUCCAUCCACCUCUUCUUCCGCUUGCAAUUUCCCAGCUGUGUACAACCUAGGCGAUUCCAAUUCCGACACAGGCAGCCAGCCGGCUGUGUUCGGACCAGUCCACUCGCCCAACGGCGAGACUUUCUUCGGCAAACCAUCGGGUCGAUACUCCGACGGCCGGCUGAUCAUCGAUUUCUUAGCUGAGAAGCUGGGGCUCCCGUAUUUGAGCUCAUUCCUCGAUUCCAUAGAAUCCAACUUCACCCACGGCGCCAAUUUCGCUUCGAGUGGAGCCACAAUCCAGCACACCAAUGGGAAGUUGCUCGACGCGGGGUUUAACCCAAUAACUCUGGAUUUCCAGUUCUUGCAGUUCCAGCAGCUUAAAGAUAGAACCUUUCAGCUGCAGGAAACAGGUGGAGGAGGGACUACUGUGAAUCGCUUGCCAGAACCAGAAGAUUUCGGAGCUGCUCUUUACACUUUGGACUGUGGCCAGAAUGAUCUUCAUUUUGGCCUAACUGACUUGGGAGGCGAGCAAGGAGCCCUUUCUUCCAUCCCUAUGGUCAUCAGCUACUUUGUUUCAGCCAUAAAGAACCUGUACAAAGAAGGAGCAAGAACAUUUUGGAUACACAACACAGGUCCCAUCGGCUGCUUGCCAUUCUUUGUGAUUAGGUACCCUCCAAAGCCUGGAAAUGAAGACCCAAUUGGCUGCGUUAAGUCCUUCAACCAAGUGGCUCAAGAGUUCAACAGACAACUUAAUCAGACAGUCUACAAGCUAAGAACCCAGUUCCCUGACGCACUGCUCAUCCUCGUCGACAUCUACACUGCAAAGUAUUCUCUCAUCAGCCAAGCAGAACAGCACGGGUUUGAAGACCCACUUGGGUUCUGUUGUGGCCAUUUGGGGGAUGAUUAUGAGGUUAUGUGUGGGAAGAAGGGUCAGCUGAGGGAUGGUACUGUUGUGUAUGGAACUUCUUGCAAAGAUCCUUCCAAGUACAUCAGCUGGGACAAUGUGCAUUACACUGAAGCUGCGAAUCGGUGGGUUGCUGAUCGGAUCUCGGAUGGGUCGCUGUCGGAUCCUGCUGUGCCCAUUAGUGAAGCUUGUAGCAGGGCUGGAAGGUCGCUGGACACCUUGUUGUAUGAACUCUGAAGCGUAUAUAUUCAUGUGUGUAUCUAAAUUUUCGCAUAAUCCCAUCAAAUAAUUAACAACUUUUUUCAAGUAAUUCCUUCAGUCUUAUCAACUAACAAAUAACAGCGCAAUAUAUUACUCGGAAU